AUGGCGGCGUCUGCUGCAGCCGGGCCGCUGAGGAACCGAGAUUUCCAGAACGACUUCCCCAUUCUGUGCCAGACAUGUCUUGGAGAAAACCCCUAUAUUCGAAUGACCAAAGAAAAAUAUGGAAAAGAAUGCAAGAUCUGUGCCAGGCCUUUCACUGUGUUCCGCUGGUGCCCUGGGGUUCGGAUGCGCUUCAAGAAGACAGAGGUGUGCCAGACCUGCAGCAAGCUGAAGAAUGUCUGUCAGACCUGCCUGCUGGACCUGGAGUAUGGUUUGCCUAUUCAAGUCCGGGAUGCAGGACUCUCCCUAAAGGAUGAGAUGCCUAAGUCUGAUGUCAACAAGGAAUACUACACCCAGAACAUGGAACGGGAGAUAUCCAAUUCUGAUGGCACCAGGCCGGUUGGUGCACUGGGAAAAGCUACUUCCACCAGUGACAUGCUUCUGAAGCUGGCUCGGACCACCCCGUACUACAAACGGAACCGUCCUCACAUCUGCUCCUUCUGGGUCAAAGGAGAAUGCAAGAGGGGAGAAGAGUGUCCCUACAGACACGAGAAGCCGACAGAUCCAGACGAUCCUCUGGCUGAUCAGAACAUCAAGGACCGUUACUAUGGAAUUAAUGAUCCUGUGGCUGAUAAACUUCUGAAACGAGCAUCAACCAUGCCUCGUUUGGACCCCCCGGAUGACAAGACUAUUACAACACUCUAUGUUGGAGGACUUGGAGAUACUAUCACUGAGUCAGAUCUCAGGAAUCACUUCUACCAGUUUGGGGAGAUCCGGACGAUCACGGUGGUGCAGAGGCAGCAAUGUGCCUUCAUCCAGUUUGCCACCCGGCAGGCGGCAGAAGUGGCUGCUGAGAAAUCCUUCAACAAGCUCAUUGUCAACGGCCGCCGCCUCAACGUCAAGUGGGGAAGGUCCCAGGCAGCAAGAGGAAAAGAAAAGGACAAGGAAGGUACUACAGAAUCUGGGAUAAAGCUGGAGCCAGUUCCAGGACUUCCUGGAGCUCUCCCACCUCCUCCAGCUGCAGAAGAGGAGGCUUCUGCAAAUUACUUUAACCUGUCUCCCAGUGGCCCUCCAGCUGUGGUAAACAUUGCCUUGCCACCUCCUCCUGGCAUUGCGCCACCACCACCUCCAGGUUUUGGACCACACAUGUUCCAUACCAUGGGGCCCCCUCCUCCCUUCAUGCGAGCCCCUGGCCCCAUUCACUACCCAUCCCAGGAUCCCCAGAGGAUGGGUGCCCACGCAGGGAAGCACAGCAGCCCCUAGCAGGCCAUGCCACCCUCAUCCUUGAAGUAAAUGCUAUUUUCUAGUUACCAUGGUAGCUCCAUAUGUUGAGGUGUGGGUGAGCUAGAGCAGCCUUAUUUCCCUGCUUGCAGACACUGGGCGAGCUGAGCUCCAUGUCUCCACUAGCUGAUCAGAUCAUUGAUACAUCCCAGAUCUUUCGUUUAGUGUUUGGGGGGGGUGGGGGGCAGGGGAUCAGGUGUACCAGAACUACAGUGCUAUUCGUGUAUCCCCUUUGCACAGUUUUGAAAUAAACUUCCAGAAAAAUGAAA